GUUUAUAUUUGAAAAGAUGCGCGACUUAAACUAGUUUAGUAUCCACGAGGCAGGCAAUCAAGAUGAAUUUACUUGGAGGUAGUGGAAGAAUGCCAUCGAUAUAUUCAAUAGUAUAUACCUUUGUUGGAUUAUCUGCAUCAAUUUGCUCUUUAGUUGCGAUGUGUUAUGAAACCAACACAUUUGGAGACGAAGGUACUUAUUCUCCGGGUACAGUUUCAGGUGAAGGUUGGGCUAAUGUAUUCUUGAAUCUGGCCAUUAUUUCAGCCUACAUCGCAGCUGAUGUUAUCGGAACACUUCCGGCAUAUAGACUCCAACUCAGUAUUUUCAACGGGGCAUCUUUCGCCUUAGCAGUUAUUACAGUAAACAGAAAGAUUUACGAUAGAGAUUCAUCCGCGCAGGCCGUAGGAGCUGGUUUUCUCAUUAUCGCAAUCUUGAAUGUUUUAAGUAUUUUGCACCUCACAAGUGAGCCGGACACAAUGAUCGCAGGAGUAUUCAGAAUGUGCACCGCACCAACAUUUGGCAGUCUCGCUAUGAGCGGUUCAAUAGGCCAACAACCAGCUGCCAUGCGUAAUGUUUCAACUUCUAACCCAUUCGCAAACGUCAGCAAGCUUAACCGUAAUGAUAGCACGUCAUACGACAGCAAUGCGCACUCUGGAUUUUGGAGCAACAGACCUACUACACAAAACACAGCUCCAGUUCCUGCCCAACCACCAAUGAUGCAGGCGCCAGUACAAGCUGCUGCAUCACCGGUUGCACCAACAUCACAAUAUGGUAGCGCUCAUGGCAGUCUUGGCAACAGGACGACGGCCACACCUUCUGACGGAUUGCAUCACUCAAGCGCGACAGGUACGACGGGUGCUAAUAUCCCAGACAAUGAAUUGCCACAGGCAAGAUGUCUUUAUGCCUACAGCGCAUCUGCUGAAGAUCCAAAUGAGAUUGGCUUCACGAAGGGUGAAAUUCUUCUCGUUGUCGACAAUUCAGGCAAAUGGUGGAGAGUGCGCAAACCAAACGGACAAGGUGAAGGUAUUGCGCCAUCGAACUACCUUACUAUGGUUUAAUAAUCUUGUAUACUUUAAUUUAAUUUAUGAUGUUU